ACUCUUACGUUGCUAAACUGGAGAUGUCAAAGCCUCAUCACAAUGUACUCCUUGUUGGCCAGCUAUACAUAGAUACCAUUUUACAUGUGAAGAAGUUUCCUGAAGAAGACACGAAACUUCGUGCAGAUAGAGUGGAGCAAAGAAUAGGCGGCAAUACAUGUAAUACCGCUCAAGUUUUAGCACAAAGAUAUGAUCAAUUAAGAGUGCACUACCUAUCUGCUGUCGGAUCCUAUAAAUCAUCAAAUCACCUAGUACAAUUUUUAGAGAAUCAUCAUGUAGAUACAAAUAAGACAGUUUUAUACAGAGAGAAUGAAAUCACACCCUCCUCUACUAUAAUACACAGCGAACAACAUAAUUCAAGAACAAUCAUAUCAAACAAUAAUUUGACAGAUGUAAACCUAAAAGAAUUUGAACAAAUAUUUUUGGGAAUUAAUGGUGGUGAUAUAUCAACUGAUUCACGACCUGUCAAACGUUGGUGGGUACAUUUUGAGGGCCGUAACGUUGAUAAUGUAAGAUUUCAGGUGGACUGGCUGAAUAGACGGUAUGCAGAACAGUGGAGAGACUAUCUUACUAUAUCAGUAGAACUUGAAAAGCCCGACAGGGAAAAUAUCAGCACUUUAAUCGAACUGGCCGACAUAGUAUUCUUUUCAAAGCUUUUUGCACAAUAUCAUGGGUUUAAGAACGCUAAGUCGUUUAUGGAAAAAUCACCAUUAUUGGAAAAACUGAAGCCAAAUGCUAAGGCGUUCUGUACUUGGGGAUCAGAAGGAGCGAGCGUUUUGAUAAAUGAAACGAAAAACAUUAUCCAGGUUUCUCCGCCUUGUAUAAACAAUGUCGUGGACACUGUCGGUGCGGGCGACACUUUUAUUGCGGGUGCUAUCUAUUCUCUGUUGCAAGACACUUAUAUUAUGUCAGAGGUCCUCCAGUUUGCAUGCAAUACAGCCACAAGAAAAGUAGCUCAACGAGGCUUUGAUAAUCUUCUUUAACUGUGCAAUAAAAUGCUUUUUUUAAUUGUUUCAUAGUAUAUGCCUAUCUCUAUAAGUUGAAAAGAUAGCGGAUGAAGCAGAAACUGUUUAGCACCGGUGAAUAACCAUUUCUCACUGUCAUUUAUCUUAUUUCUCAUAUCGUAUCCAAAAGACAAUCUGAUCCAUAAUCUAUCGGAUAUUGUGGAUAUUUUAUAAAAAGGCCAAACAUACGUACAGACGCAAAU